AUGCUCGCCGACUCCAAUGGUAACCGGUUCGCGGGAGGCGAUGCACCGAAACUUCGAACCGCUUGCGAGAACUGCCGACAAUCCAAGGUCAAAUGCAAUCUGUCGGGCAAGAAUGUCUGCACCCGCUGCCUCCGACAUGGCCUACAGUGCCAAUAUGGAUUCGCCAAUCGGUCCGGGAAACCGAAAGGUAGUAAGAACCGCGCUACAUUGAGGAAGCUGGGCCAGUUACAAGAAGACAAGCCCAUUCGCGGGUGUCGUAACAACCGGCUGGGGCCUCCUGUCACAGAUUGUGAGCCUCUGGUCACUGCAGGCUUCCCGGCACAUAUUGCUGAUUCAAUGGUGGACGACGAUGUAUGCUUGUUUCCAGACCCACCGAGUCUUUGGGAUAGCCCGCGAGGCUUCAGCGCCGCAUCCCUCGAAACGCCCAUCUGUCCUUCACAGCUGACGCCAGUGGACGGUUCGCCCUUUGCCGACCUUGUGGAUCCCUGUCCUCCCCUCCCCGUCGGUUUAGGAUACCCGCAUACUCCAGUGACACCCACGUGUGUCGCGUCGGAUCCGCUUGGAGACGGGUUAGCAAGCCCACGCUUCGGUGGCCCCGUGUCCUCGCCGUAUCUAGGACUAGCCUCCUGCGAAUGCGUGGAUAUGCAGUUGUUCCAUAUGAACCGGCUGAACCAUCUGCUCGCCGAGUCUCUGCCGCUGCGCUUCGAUCACAGCUUGCAAACGAUCAAAGCGACCUUCUGCGCCGGCCAGGUUUUCCUGCGUUGCAGACAAUGCGCCAAAGACAGCGCCAAUCUGCUGCUCCUCAUCUCCGUGCUCAACUUGACUCUGCAGUUAUUCGAAUACUGGAUAUCGCGUGAGACGUCUCGUGUGCCGCGGGCGCAACACGGGGUCGAUAUCCGGUACGGAUGCUACGAGGUCUGCCACGAGGAAAAUCUCCAAAUAGGCACAUUCUUGUUACGGGGCCUGCUUCUGCAGUGCCGAGAGGUGUUGUCCCUGCUGACAACGUGUGUAAACACAUCCUACCUCGACGGCCACAGCUCAACCGAGUCCAAGACGACCACCGACGAUCCUGAUGCUCAGCCCUGGUCCUUGUCGGAUCAGCUUGGCUCCUGCCUGCCUGAGCUGGACCCCAGGGUGCUGCGGAGUAGUCCCGGAAACAGUUGUCUGCUUCCGAUCAUCGCAGGCUACGAAGCGACGGUCGCCGCCUUUCUGCAGUCCGUGUCGGUGAAUGAAUGCAUCUGCGGGUCCUAA